AUGUCCGUCGACGCCGCACGAACUAGGACGCUUCACAGCAAGAGAUCGUUCGGGAAGUACCCAAAGGUUAUUGAUUCACCGGCAUACGACGCAUCUGAGGAGGACAACGACCCUCUAACCGACGACGGACUCUCAGCGGUGUCAGUACCGAUCAGACAUACCAACCCCAACGCACCCAGUCGUUCUUCCCACCUGAAACCCUCCUCGACCUCCCGCACGAAACAUCUAGCGCAGCACCUCUUGUCAGAUUCGGACGGAGUGGACUCUCCAACAUACGACGGUGACGUAGAGUCAAGCACCACUGCGGGCGCAGACACCCCCGCAUCACAUAAAGUGAAUCACCAUCACCACCACCAGAGCUCUGUCUCCUCGAUAUCUACCCUCAGCACACCGGUUACCCCAGCCUUCGCGCCAGCUAUCUCUUCAGGAACAACCCCGAGCGUAGAAGUUGCCAAUCCAAUGCGGGCGACAGACCCCGCGUCCAACCACCCCGUCUUCAUCUCUUCUCCGCCUGUAAACACUUCAGCAGCGCCUCUGAUUGUUACUGAGGAGCCAGCGGUCCCCGGAGUGUCGAAGGAGGCAUUCAAUCCUGCAGCUGUCACUAUGGAGGACAUCCAAUCGUUCGUCGCAAAGGCCAUCGAAGGCGAGGAGGGAAGAGACUACAAGAUCAAUCCCCCUCCAGUUGGUCGCCCUGUGCGAAUCUACGCCGACGGCGUCUACGAUCUCUUCCAUUUUGGGCAUGCACUCCAGCUACGACAGGCAAAGCUGUCAUUCCCGUCAGUUUACCUACUCGUUGGAGUGAACUCUGAUGAGCAAGUGUGGUCGCACAAGGCUCGUACAGUCAUGACUCAUGCAGAGCGAUUGGAAGCCGUACGACAUUGCCGAUGGGUGGAUGAAGUUGUCGCGGAAGCGCCCUGGGUGAUAGACGAAGAAUUCAUGAAGAAAUACCAGGUUGACUAUGUCGCGCACGAUGAAGAAGCGUAUGCCAGUGCAGGGAUCGACGAUGUGUAUGGAUAUGUGAAGAACCUUGGCAAUUUCAUCCCCACACGACGCACCCCGGGCGUGUCCACCUCCGAACUGCUAGAGCGCAUCGUGUCUGGAUAUCGCAACCGUGUUUUCGACGAGAAGUUGACGAAGAUGGGACAUGCCGAGCUCCGCGCUGAAGGCAGCGAUUACGACGACCAGAGCCGGGAUAAUAGUCGAUGGGCAAGCCGACGAGAAAGUAGGAGUGGCAGCCCGACCCAAACAAGCCCGACGCAGCUUAGCCCACCUCCGCGGUAG